AUGGCGCCCAGGUUCGUUCUGGAAGGACGCGAUCUCUUCGUGCCGAACCCGGGCGAGUGGGAGUCGGAGGAGAAACGGGUCGCGGCUGUUGCGCUCACGGCCGUGCUGUGCAUCCUGGGGCUCCUUCUGCUCAUCUGGAUCGUGUUCCGGCUGGGCAGCGGCCUGUUUGCCUACCUGCAGAGCGUGCCACGGCGGUUCAGGGGCCUCGCCGCCCGCUGCCGCCUCCGGCCACGGCACGGAGGAGUCGGAGUCGAACUCGGAGUCAACAAGCCCCAGCAGCAGCGGGCAAGAGCAGUCGCAGACGCCCACGAGAUGAACGAGUGCAGCCACGGACAAGCCGUCGACGACCGCACACCGUGGGACACGGAGAGCGGCCCGGCACCCAACUACGAGGAGAGGCUUCCCCGGCCGCCGGUGCCGCCGCCGGCCUACGGAACUUGGACGCCGCGCCAGGCCAUGCCGCAGGCCGACGACGAGUACCACGUCAACGGGGUCUUUUACCUACCAUACAGCAACCGGGCAUUUGUGUGGGACCCGUCGACGUCGACGUGGGUGGUGGAUCGAUACCCGCGGUAUGCGCGUUUCGAGAGGGAGGCUUGA